CCUAGAAGAUUGCACUUCGGUCUGAAACGACGGCCAAAUCGACAUCUUCUUCCAGUGCCUGCUGCCAUAGCUAUCACUCCGAACCGGUCGAGCCGCAUCCGUCCUCUUGCGACCCGGGUGUCUCGCUUGACGUACGGCUGCAGUGCCGCACUUAUACACGGCUCGAUACACUCAUGCGUUGUCCGAAAUACCCGUGAGAAACAGAACUGGUUCUGCUAUGAGUGUAGAUCAGCCAGGUGCCAGCUUUGGUGAUCCAAACGCCCAACCUCCUACGCCUAAGCGGACCCCGAUAACUGCCGUCUUGCCGAGUCCGAUCUUCGAGACGCCCAAGCACAAUCAGGGCCGCUUUGACGAGUCGAGCGGGUGGACUCCCCGUUUUGCCGAGGAGUAUUCCGUCUUCAACGCAACCCCCGGAAACCUGAGAGGCUCCCAGAUCCCCUUCCCCGACUUUGGCCCUCCAACCCCAUACUCAGCCCAGAAACGGUCGUCGCUCGCGGAUGGGAUUGGCGCCGACGUCGCGGUCCAUGUGAACGAACUCUCGUCGAAACCGAGUCUGCAACUGCCUCCUGUUGAGCCGUCCAAGAUCUUGCGCUCAUCGCCGAAUCCCUUGCAAAGCCCGGCGUUCGAUCGCUCAGGUGCUGCCCGUCAACCUCCGGGAUCCUCCGAGGAGUCUGCAGAGAAGACGCGCCGUGGCACGAUCGUCGCGGAGUCGCAGGGGCAGGCAGCAACCCCUCCUCCUUCAGCCCGCAAGGGUGAGCGAAAGCUUGCGCCCAAGCUGGACCCCACCACGAUGCAAAAUGACCAGGACUUUGCCCAGCAGGCACACUUCAUGGCGUCUGCCCAGCAGCAGGGCAUGGGCAAUUUUGCGACGGCGCAGGGCGAUAUGUUUGGUUAUCCUCUCUCGGCUCCGGCGAGCGCACCUGCCUACGGGGAUCAGAGGUCCUUCUGGGACGCAGACCCUAGCCUCGCAGGCAUGGAACUUGACUUCAGCGCCGGUGGCGGCGGUGUCUUCCACCCCCAAACUUCGCUCCAGGGGACAGGACCGGUAGAUUGGGCCAGGACAAACCAAAUGUUACCGACGCAAGGCGGUUUGGCAGGACAAGCGGACGGCCAUGGGACCGCUGGCGACCAGUCCUCUCUCGUCGCCCAAUCGCCCUUGUCGAUGCUUGUGACGUCGGCCGCGGACCAUUCAAUGUUUGCUGCCAGCUAUCCCACCUCCAUUGAGGACCCCUUCGGGAUAACUGAUAGCAGUGGUGGGGUGAAUCCUGGCCUCCUGUUCAGCCGGCCUCAGACGGCGAGCUUGGACGCGACCACUUUUGAGCCGUCCGUUCCUGGGCAAAACCCGUCAGGCGCCGCAGCGGUACAGGUUAGCCAGACGGACAACGGGGGGCUUUCAGCCACGAAGGUACCCGGACCCAACGAAUUACGCCGUUCGGCCAGCGCGAAGGAGGCGACUCCGAAAAAGCACGAUCGUGCUUCGGCGUCCUCUCCACUCAAGGAGUCCGGGCGUCCCGGGCUCUCGCGGAGUUUUAGCGAGAACCGAGGAAAGAAGGUGGUGGGCCGGUCAUCUCUGCCCCCGCUCGCUCCGCGGCCGCGGUCUCAACUAGUGAGCAACGCGGGAGUCAAUGCCAACAAGCCCGUGAUAUCGCAGCCGCAGAGACCGAGCGGCAGGUCGUCCCCAUCCAAAAGCCAGCACCAUCAUCGCUUGUCCAGCCUGUCCUCGAUCCCGGAAGCUUCGGGCCCGCAGUUGAGGACGCAGGCGACAUUCAGCAUCGAUGCCAAUGGCCGGGCGCGGGUAGAGACCACGGUGGUUGUGGUUAACGAGCCUCCUCCAAGCGCACACAAGCGGCACAGCGCUUAUGCGGUAGCGCCGCGUCGUCACUGGGAGUUGUCGGACGAGGACGAUUCCUCGUCGACGGAUGACGAGCCAAUCAUCAUUCCCAGUAGGAAUACGUCAUUUGCGCUCCCGGACCCUGUGAAACCGACGACAAUACAUCCCUUCCACAGCUCGCAGCGGAGCAUGAGCGAACGUAGCACCACGUCAUACACGAGCUUUCAGGGCGCGUCCCAGGAGGGCGGGGACAGCGACGGAGAGACGGUAGUGGAUGAUCUGACGCCAACGCGCAAGGCUUCGGGCAACGCGCUCAGCGAGCUGCGGAAGCUGCGUGACUCGCGGCAGAAGCAAUCGUCGAGCUCGAAAUCCAAGCGGUUCGUCUCGAGCAGCCAUCAUCCUCUUAACCACCCCGCUACAUCGCCAACAACGCUGAGCGAGUCGAGUUUACCGACACCAACGACCGACGGCAGGACCCGCGGCAUCCGAUGUGUCUGCAACCGAGCCGAAGCCGGACCGAAUGACUUGCUGGUUCCAUGUGAAUCGUGCGAAAUGUAUGUGCACGGCCGCUGCGUGAACAUCACGCAGCGGACGAUGCCGUCCAUCUACAUCUGCGCCUUUUGCGCCAACACGCCCAACGCGCGCGGCGGGAGGCACCGAGACAACGAGCGCAUGUCCGGGGCAGUCGGCCCUCCGGGCUCGACCUCGUCACCGUUGGCGCACAAGUCCUUGAAGUCAUUCCGGUGAGAUCAGAUUAGGGACGCGCUGAUAGCGCACACCGAAUCUCACAAACAUAAUCCUCCAAGGGGGACGGCGUGCACGACGGCCAUGUACAUACUUGUGAGGGAGCACGCGAGGCUGCCGCCUUGCUGUGUGGUCUGUCAGUCGCUUGUGAUAAGGUACAUCCGGAUCCCUGACGAUGACUGGCGACGGCGCUCCCUCUCACGGCCCAAGCACUGCCGAGUGCAUAUGAUACCCAAAAUUUCCGUAACUACCUGGUAGUGUCAAAGCAAUGAACAGGAGCUCAGAUAUCAAUCUUUCGGUGCUGGCUUCUUUUAAUUAGCGUCCGCUUACACGUGCCAUGAGUGAGCCAAGCUACCCCUAGCUCCGUCUUCUGCAGAGCUGAUCUACAGGAACUCGGAGAUGCAAGGAACUA